AGCACUGUUAAGAGUUUGUUCCCUCCAGUCCACCAUACUUGGCAGCCAUUCAGAGGUGCUGUAGUGUGUAUGUGCGUCCUUGUAUGGGCCCUGGACAGACAAGCAGCAGGAGACCUGACAGAGACCAGCGUCUGACAUGAGGCACUUACUGAGCCUUCAGCGGGUGGCCACCCGGGCCUUUAACACAACAGCCAGGCAGAUGAAGAACAAUGUUCCAGAAAAGCAGAAGCUUUUCCAGGAGGACAAUGGCCUGCCAAUCCACAUCAAAGGAGGAACCACUGAUGUGCUUCUCUACCGCUUAACAAUGACUCUCACUAUUGCUGGCACUGGACUUUCCUUAUACUGGCUUCUGGUGGCUGCGAUGCCCAAGGGCAAGUCAGACUAAGGACAGCACAUGAGAUUACUGUUAAUACUUUGUUACUUGAAUUCAAUUGAAUUCACUUUCAUGCUGUAAGAAAUACAAUUCCAAAUAAAUGUAUAGGUUGUGUAAAAUAA